CAAAUAUCAACCCCGUAGCAUAACAAUUUUAAUGGCUGCCAAUGGAUAGUAGAAUCGCCGAUUGAAAAUUAAAACAGGUGUUGAACAAAGCAGUUAUGGCCUCGAUGAAGACAACAGAAAGCUGUGGGUCCUCCAUCAAUGUGAUGGACUUACCGACAUCAUGAUGAGCCAUUACAUGUCAAGGACAGGAUUUGUCCAAGAUGUAGGACAAAGAGAGGUCGGGAAAGAUCCCGGCCAACAGGAAGAUGAGGGAGGUUCAGGACUUUACGGACAGGAACAUAAUCAGCCAGCUCCUCAAUCUUAUCCGGGCUGCUUCGGACUGCCAUACCAGGACCACAAUUACGGAGCCCCCCGCCCUCCUACACCUCCACCCUCACCACCCCAACCCCCACAGCAGAUGCUGAUGCCACCCCUGGCUCCACUCACCCCAGAUAAAGGCCACAUAGAGGUGGAGGAUGUGGGUAGCAGUGCAGGGCUCCCCAUCACCCCACCAGAGAUGGUACCUCCCAAGGAGGGAGAAGAUGACAGUGUUACGCGGUGUAUCUGUGACUUUAUACACGAUGAUGGGUACAUGAUCUGCUGCGAUAAGUGCAGUGUGUGGCAGCAUAUUGAUUGUAUGGGGGUAGACAGGAACAAUAUUCCGGACUCUUACUUCUGUGAACUCUGUGAGCCCCGCCCACUGGACCGAGAGAAAGCACGGCUCAUUCAGCUCAAGAAGAAAGAGUUUUUGGAUACCCUGACAGAUUCAAGUGCCACAGACACAGAUCCUGAGGAGGAGGCUAACAGACAGUUGUCACAGCAACAGCAAGGUGGGAUAGAUCUGUCAGGGGCCAAAAAACUCAAAACUAAAAAACAACGCAACAAGUCAGGCAACAACAACUCAAACAAUGGCAGCAAGGCAUCUGAUGUUAAACAACGCAGAAGCAGCAAAAAAGAGAAACGAGACGUUAAGAAGGAGAAGGAAAACAAAGAUGCUAACAAGAAAUAUCAAAGAGUUUUAAAUAAAGACACACCUGCAGGUGUAAAGACAAAGAGACUGAAGCUUGAGAAGAACAAAAAGCCUGGAUUGUCAUUAGUUAUUAAUGAGAACACUCAGCAGGAUCCUUGGGACAGCUCAUAUAGCCCCUGGGUGGACAAGUAUGAAGAGGUUUAUGAGAACUUGUACUCCCAAGACAUUCUCAAUUCGUUCUUGGCUGAGAAAAUCAAUGGUGUUUAUCCUCCUGAUAAUAACGGGAAUGGAGUGGGUGGCAAACUGCGGGUUCAGUUGUGUCACGUUACAGAGGUCAACAAGAAUCGCAAGGGAUUGGAAGCUACAGAAACAAUAGGGGAGGGAGAGCCUGUCAUAGAAUAUAUCGGACAAGUCAUGUACAGAGACCAGUUUAAUAAAGAUAACUUCUAUAAACGAUUAAAUCCAUUUGUUUUGUUUUACUCGAAUUAUGAUGGGAUGGACAUCUGCAUAGAUGCGACUUCAUACGGGAACAUCGCUCGCUUCAUUAGGCGAUCAUGUAAAGCUAAUGCAGAGGUGAGGCAUGUUUCUCAGAAUGGCCAUGUGAAUUUCUACAUAUAUUCAACCAAGGUGAUUCCAAGGGGGUCAGAAAUUACCAUCCCAUAUGACUACAGUUACAAAGACUGUACCUACUGUGUAGAGUGUGCCUGCUUGAGAAAUAAUUGCCCUGUUGCCAAGUUCUUCAAGAAAAGAAUUAAUAAUAUCAAGAAAGAAAAGUCUCCCCAGAAGAUGCCAAAACUCCCUGUCAAGUCUCCCAUCAAAAUACAGAUUAAAUCCCCAGUCAAAAAGUCAGGGGAAGAGUUAACUCCCCUAGUGAAUGCUUCUAACGUAACCUCCCCAGCUGCUGACAGACCUUCAGAAGUUAUGUCAAGAGCAGCUUCAACAGAGCAGAUAGACAACAGUUCUACAUGUCAGGAUCUGUUGGACCCUGCACUCCAGAAAGAAGAGGAGGAAACCAGUGAAACUGCCACCACCCCAGCAUCUUCAGAGCCAGCGAUCCCUCAACAUAAAAUGACAAGAGAAGAAAGGAAAAUGGAAGCCAUUAUGAAAGCCUUUGAGAAACUGGAGAAACGAGAAGAAAGAAGGAACCAGGCACUGCAUAGAAUAGACAGGAAAAGUGUCGAUGUCAAGCGGGAGGAAAAGCCUGAGAAAACAGAGAAAACUCCUGCAAAGAAAGAGGAAAAGAAGGAAAAGGUCAGUCAGAAGGAAACAAGAUCAAGGAAAAAAGAGGAGGAGGAGAAUACAAGUGAAUCAGCACAAGAGCCAGUGAUUACAGUAGAGACAGAACCUGUACAGGAGGAAAGUGUGGUAGAGAUUGUUCCUGAAGAACAACCACCUGUUAUAAAGGAGACCAAACCUAAGCCGAAAACGAGAAAGGCAAAACGAGUGUCCUCAAGAAGGAGGAACCGUGCUGGCAGUGGAAAUGCUGUGUCAGAGCCCUCACUGUCUGUAGAUGCUGCUGAUGAAGGAAGCAGUGCUGCCCAACCAAACAUCCCUGCCAUGACCAACAGCUGUCCUAACACACCAUUAGUGACUGGUGAUGUGGUCAACAUGCAGCCAUCAUUCCGAUUUCUCAAGACCAAAAAGCAUUUAAUGAAUGAAUGGCUACAUGAGAAGAGUCAGGAUGGUAUGGCAGGUACGUCAUCUCCAGCCAAGACAGAGCCUCUGGAGGUCAAGGUUGAGGAAGACACGAUGUUCGUUACCUGUCUGCCGAGUCCAAGAAAUGCCAUGGAACAUCUCCGACGGAAUAGUCACAGCUCGGGCACGUUCCGUCCAGUGGUCAAUGCAGAUAACAGCAUAGGCUCAGCCAAAAAGCGAUGGUUACGACAGGCCAUGAUUGAGAAACCUAAGAUAGAGAGUGGACCCAACUCCCCAAACACAACAGGGGGAGGUAAUGCCAGCCCAAGCCUACCUAGCCCUGGGGCCUCUCCACCUGGAGACUUUGUGACUCCCCUUAAAAAGAGAAGAAUGGCAAGGGAGUCAAUUGAUGCACCCUUAAGUGCUGGCCCCUCCACUUCAUCUCCCUCAGUGACCCCCGGGGUCAGUCAGCCAGGAGAUUCUGAAGCCCAGCCUUCAGAGGUCCAGGAGGAGGUUAAACCUUUCUCUCCGAUUUAUACCCCUAGUAUUAAGAUGGAGAUUCCGAAGAAGCGAGCAUUUGUGAGUCCUCGGGACUUGAGGAAGGCCAGCAUUCGUGAUUCUAUGGAGAGUGAAGUUUCUGACUCCUCAGCUACUGUGUCCUCCAGAGUCUCGGUAGAUCAGUCCUCGGACUCUGAACAAGAACUCAGUGUUUGUCCUCAGAAAGUUACGGGUAGUAGUAGUAGUAGUACAUUUCAUACUGAACUGGUCAGUAUGGAAGACAGGACUUCUGGUAAUGAUCAGUCUUUAUUAAGUGACACCAGUCAUACAUGUGAAGUGACAAACAGUUCAGAGGAGGAUCAAAGUGUUAAUUGUGGUGUACAUGUUGAGACAGAUAAACUAGACUCCACUAGUGAUUCAGUUCAGAGACCAUUGGGACUAAAUGUUGUUGAAGAGGAUGAAAAUGUGUCAAGUGGACUGCAGGGGAGGCAGGCUGAGGCUUUGUCAGAAGAAGAGGAAGUAGAAGUGGAGGAUCAAAGUGUUUCUGUGAAUUUGGAGGUGGAUCCAAUGGAGGUGGAUAGCACUGAGGAUCAGAGGGAAAAGCCAAUCCUGAGGAGAAGUGUUUGUGAUAGUACAUCUCGUUCUGAUGUGUGCAGUAGUGGACGCUCCUCAAGGGCUGACUCUUGUAAUAACAGUGUUACUGAGGCUUCUUGUAGUACUUCUGUUGUGGAGGAUGUUUGUCAUCCAUCUUCUAUGACAUCACACACUGAGACUAGUAUUAGAUUAGCAGAACCACAGUGUGUGGAUAGCAGCACAGAUACCUUGUCAUCACAGAAACAGGAAGUCAGUAUGGAAGUGGAUGAACUCCCAGUGGAGAGUAAUUCUCAACAGGAAGUGUCAACGGUGGAGGAGAGGCUAGCAGGUGUAGACAGUAGUGUGGAUAGCAGUAGUGAUCAGCAGGGCAGCAGGAAUUCGUGCGGUGGAGUGAGCAGCAGUAGUGAAUUAAGACAAGAGGAUUCUGUUGUGGAAUCCACACAUUUAUCAGAAGGGGGAGGAGGGGGGCGUGUGACCUCUUCAGCACUAGUAACUUCUAACAAUUCAGUCAUAGAGAAUGAUAUGGUGGAUAGUUCUGUGUCUGAUAGAUUUGAAAUCACAGUGGAAGCUGAACUUGUGAAUGUGUCGGACCUCAGUCAGGCUUUAGUGGACAAUGCCGUAUCAUCCAAUCAGGAUAGCGGUUUCCACAUGGUCAGGAACUCUGAGGAACUAUCCUGCACGUCUUCACAUGAAGAGGUGGGGUCAGAAAUUCACAAUGAGGAUGAUAAUUCACAUUCAGACUCCAUUACAAUAACAACUCCCUCGGAGCUGUCUGCUUCACCAGCAGACUCGGAACCCCCACAAGGAUCCAGCAUAAUGGAGCCUGAAGCUGAACCAGCUCCUACCAAAAAGAAGGUCAGUCUGUUGGAGUAUAGAAAAAGACUAAAGGGGAAAGGACCUAGCAGUUCUUCCUCAUCAACGUCUUCAUCCUCGUCAUCAGUUCCCAGACCAUCAUCCACAUCAUCGCUUAGUCCAUCUUUCAGUGUACACACCAGACUACCAUCCCUACCAUCUCUACCAUUGUUUGAUACGUCUCCAUCCAAAGAAUCAUCAUCUCAUAAUCACCGUCAAUUCAAAAGUUCGUCUGAUCUCAUAAGACGCAAGUCUACGGAAGCUCCUAAAAGGGAAAAACCUUUGAGUUUAACAGAGAGGUUGAAAAUGGAAUUUGGAUUUGAAGAUUCAGAAGAUGAUACUGGCAAAGAAGAGAGAAGUUUGAACCGAUCCAGGAAAAGUUCACAUGACAUGCCCCCUCCACCUCCUCCCCCUCCCUCGGGGGGAUCAGGCACCCAGCCAUAUGAGACGACAGCCACAGAACCGCCGCCUCCCCCUCAACAGCCACCACAGCAGCUGGGUGGAAACUUCAAGGCUCCUCUGUCAGGUGGAUAUACAGGUCUGGGUGGGGUACAACCCCCUCAGAUUCCCCACUCCAUUCAUGGAGACCAUCCACACAGAAUGCCAUCUCCAGGGAUGGUACCAGCUCCAACAAUGGUGCCACCACCUCCCCAGGGGCCACAUAAUGGGAACAUGAUGAUGCCAGGACAGGUACCCCUGAUGAACCAUGGAGGGCCUCCUCCUCAGCCUGUCCCCCCUCCAGCACCUGUGCCACCCCCAUCAAAUGGACCUAUGGGUAGCCACAUGGGACAAGCUCCAACAGUUGGCCAGAAGAUCCCCUCUCUUAUGUCUAUUCCUUCCUACCAUACAAAGGGAAGAAGUGGCCAUACUCAGGGAGGGAGUAAUGCAGCAAAUUUAGCCCAGCCUGUAAAUGGGCACCAUGACCCGGGUCAACAACCAUACGUACCCAAGCCUGGUCUGCCUUCCCACAUUCAGCAACCAUUUAGCAGUGUGGCCCAGCCGGCAAAUUUCUCACACCCUCCUCCCCAGCCAGUGCAGACUCCCUUUACAUCAGCCCCGCCAAAUCAGCAGUACCCUAUACCUCCUCAAGUACGGCCUCAGCAACCCUACCCAACGCCACAACAGCAACAGGGACAGCAUUACAUCCCCUCAACCUCCCAUCCAAAUCACUAUCAGACGCCUCCUCCUCAGGCUCCAGCAGGGGGGAAUCAGUUUGUACAGACACCAGGACCCUCCCAAGCUGUGUUUCACACAGGACAGCAUCAGGCCACUGUCCCAUACAGUCAGAAUAAUGCUGGGUCUUACAACAGCUACCAGUCAUCCUCAUAUCAACAACAACCAGCCAAUGGACAUCCAGUGAGGGACUAUAAACAUGGGUACAAAAAUUCCCAUGAUUCUGAACAGCAAUCCCAUUACAAUCACUCGCCUAAAAACUAUCAUGGUUCAUCCUCCCAUCAUCAGAAAUCAAAGAAGUCCAAGCAUCGCAAGUCGGGAAGCUCUCGGUCUUACUCUGACUAUCGCUAACUU